AUGUCAAAUUUAGAAGAGAAAUUAAAUAUAUUAAAAAAAAAGAAAUUAACAGCAAAAACAAUUGUUGAACAACAACGAAAUGAAAUGCGUUUAUUAAAAUCUACAUUAACAAUAAAUGAACGAUUAGAAGAAAUUUAUAAACGAUUUGAUAAUAAAAUUAAUAUAGAUAAUAAUCUUUAUAAUAAAAUUCUUCAAAUAUCAAAUGAUAAAAAUGAAAAGUUUUCUUUAAAUGAUCAAAUUCAUCGAGCUAUUGAAGAUUUAUCAAAUAUAAUUGAAGAAAUUCUUAUUAUACUUUCAAUUGAUAAUAAUAUUCAUUUAAAAAAUCAUGAACUGGAUAUUAUUUUAAAAAAACAAAAAGAAUGUUUUCAAUUAAUUAAAUGGAAAUUAUCAGAUAUUUAUGCAAAUCGUAUUGCUGAUGAAGUGUCUUAUCACAUGAAUAUUAAUAAAAGAGAUAAAUUAUGUUUUGAACAGUUAAAUUUACCUUCAGGUUUACUUCUUGGAUUGUAUGCUAUGGGUUUUCAAAAUGGUCCAUCGGAUACACAAGCACUUAUUUUACCUUAUUCAUUAUCUGACCAAUUUCAAAGAAAUAUUAUUGUUCAAUCAAAAACUGGAACUGGAAAAACGGUUUCCUACAUCAUACAUGUUCUUGCUCGUAUUCAAUCUGUUCUUUCUCAACCACAAGCUUUAAUUAUUGUACCUACUGUUGAACUUGCUUUUACAGUUGGAUCUGGUAUUGAAAAAAUGUCAAUUUAUCUUCCAAAUAUUCAAAUCACAUAUGCAACAUCUUCUCUAUUAACACAAACACCAUUUAAUACACCAAUUGUCAUUGGAACAAUAGAUAAACUUGAUUCAUUUCAAUCAUUAAUAAAUUUUUCUCAACUUGAAAUACUUAUUAUUGAUGAAAUUGAUACAAUGAUUAUACGUGAAGAUUAUCGACAAUCUUUACUUAAUCUUUUUGAUAAUCUACCAUUAUUAAAUCAUUGUCAAAUACUUGUUUAUUCAUCAACAUUAUCUGAACAAAUAAUGAAUUUUACAAAUGAACUUAUACCAAAUUCAAUUUUAGUUAGACAAAGAUCAGAUAAACAACAAUUAAAUAAUAUUGAACAAUUUUAUAUUAUGUGUCAUGAUGAAAAUAAAAAAGAUAUUAUUGUUAAUGUUAUAUUAGAACAAUUUAUCAAAGCACAAAUUAUGAUUUUUUGUUCUGAUGAUGAAACAACAGAACGACUUUAUCAAAAGAUUAUGAUUGAUAAUAAAAAUCAUACUCGAAUUCUAACUACUAAAUUCAAUAAUCAACAACGUAUUUCAUUAAUCGAAGAAUUCCGUUCAAAUUCAUUUCGAAUAUUUCUUCUAUCUGCUCAAACAUCUGCUACUACUCAUGGUAUUGAUUUAGAUAAUGUUAGUAUAGUAAUCAAUUAUAAUUUGCCUUGUUCACUUGGUAUCGAUUCCGAUCUUGAUUAUGUUACUUAUCAUCAACGACUUGAUCGGUGCGGACGUUAUGAUAAACAUGGUUAUCUAUUUAAUUUAAUUCAAACAUUAGAUGAUUGGAAUAUUCAACUUGGUGAACAAAAUUAUUUUUCUUUUGUUAUCAAACAAAUUGAUAUUGAUGGUAUUCGUGAACUUAUAUUAUAA